GUACUCGUAACGGAUAAACAAUAAACGCGUCCACAUACGUUUGUUGCCCCAAACGGACCAACGGACUUCACAGCAGAUUCAACCAGACAACGACGUCAAUGACGGCCACGGAACAACGUUAGGUUUCUCGCCAUGGACAUAGAAAUAUAGGGACAAAGAGCAUUACGAUGCGGGUGGAAGCUACUGCGGAAUGUUGCGACGAGACAUGGAAAGAUAUUAAAUCAUAUAUAUUAAAAAAGGAGGCAAAAAGGCAAAAUCACAUGCAAGGAACAGGAGAUGGUCCCAGUAUAAAUAUAUCUUUUACCACUUUUGAAGAAGAAGUUUUAGAAUUCUUAACACCUGAGGCAGCUGGGCUAAAAUAUAUUCCUGAAGGUGGUAUCAAUUUAACAUUAAAUGAAAAUCAAGAAGUAAAAGAAAUAAAUGUGCAAACAAUUGAAGAAGAUAUAGGAGUAGAUAUGGAAAUAAAUGAAAAUGCAGAAAAUAUAUUACCAGACAUAUCUAUUAGGAGUACAAAUUGAAAACCGCCGUUUUUUGUCAAAAUUUGAGGAUUGA